AUGCAGGGGACGCGGCCCGCGCCGUCGAGUCCGUACGGCGCGUCGGCCAAGUCCAAGAAGCGCAAGCUCUUGCGCAACGAGACGGCGCUCGCGCCGAUCCCGCCCGAGCUCCCGCGGGGCAAGCUCAGCUUGGUCAAACUGGAAGAGAAGAAGACGCUGCUCCCGUACCUCGAGAAGAUCGAGUACAUCAAUGCGCAGCUGCGGCAGCGCGGCCUCGAGGUCGGGCCCGCGCCUUUAUCGGAACAACCGAGUGGGCUGCCGGCCGCCAGCGCCAGCAACAACCACGCGCCCGUCGAAGCGAGCGACGACCAAGCGCUGAGCUCGCGCUCCGAGCCCGACGUCGACGCGCCGCUGACGCUCGCGCGCCUGCGCCAGCGCUUCCCGCGCUUCGUAUGCGCAUCGAGCGGCCUCUUGCGCGACCGUCCGAUCGCAUGGCUCUUCCGGUUUGUCGACGAUGUCUACGAGGCGUACUUUAGGGCGUAUGCGAGUUCGCGCGUCCUGAGUUCGUUUGCGCUCUUUGCGCGGCAGUUUGUGAAUACGAACCUCGGCGUCGCGGCCGACCAAGACAUUAUCGACGUCGCGUGCACGCUCGAGCGCCACGCGCAUCGCUUCCAUGGCCUGCGGGUGUUUGCCGCCUUUCUGCGCGAGAUCGAAGACAACGAGUUUGCGUACUUCCACUGCCACCUUCGCCAUUACGUCCAAGAGUCCCUCGGGCUCCGCCUCAAGACGAAGGACAAGGUGGCGCACCCGGACGUGGCCAAGAAGGUGCUGCCGCCCGGGUCCGUCGUCCUUGGCCACCACCCGGACCUCCGGGACGGGACCCAAGUCGUGUACGUCGCCAAGGAUGCCAUGGUGCACACGCUGUACGCGGCGUGCUUUCCGAAGGAGAAGACGCUCGCACGCUUCUACGCUAACACGUCGUUGCCAUUCCGCCACGUCACGACGGUCGGCCCAAGUGGGGACGAGUCCAGCAGCUUCGUGCUCGAGCUCGACGCGCUCCUCGGCCAUCUCGUCGAGGACCUCCACCGCGUGCCGGAAGACAUUGUUGCCGCGCACAAGUUCAACGAUGACGGCGAGAGCCUCACGCUCUUGACGCGACUCCAAGACACGAUCAGCCACGACGCUGGCAUUGUGACGCUCAAGGCAGCGCUCGAGACCGAGAAGCGCGGACUCCGGCGGCUCGAGACGCAGCGCACCAAGCUCGAUCGUCAGCUCACGAGCAGCGUGCUUGACGACGUCGUCAAGGCCAAGCUCAAGACACAGAGCUUCCUCCUCGACAACCAGCUCCACGCCACGAAGCGCGACGUCGACGACCUGCGCCACCGCAUUGCCCUCACCGAAGCACAGGUCAAUACGGUCUGGAGCUCGGUGCUCUCGGACGCGGCGACGCCCUCUGCGCCACCCGCGUCACCACGCGCCCGCAUCCUCCACCGCUUCCGGGAUGCGGUCGCGCGCCGGUAUGCCAACCACCUCCUGGAGCAGAAGGUGGCGGCCAAGCUCCUCGAACGCCGGCGCAAGGGCAAGCAGGCCAACGCGUGGAGCGACCAGCUCGACGCGCUCCAAGAACGCAGCGCGAUUCGUAUCCAGCGGCUGUUUCGGCAGCGGCGGGCGUGGCGGCGCGAUCGCCACGCGGCGCAGACCGCCUUCCACGCGCGCCGCGCCGCCGCCAAGAAGCGCAAGGCCGAGCAAGAGAUGGAGCGGAAGCGGCUCGAGGCGCUGCGGGCGCGGGACGCUGAGAAGCACCGGUCACGCCUCGCCGAGAAGCACGAACGCGAUGCCAGCGCGGCCGCCGCGCGCAAGGCCAAGGAAGACGCCGUCUUGCGCGCUGCCGCGCUCAAUCAAGCCGAGAAGCUCCACGCCGCCGCCACACGUGCCUUGACGCAGCGCGUGUUUGCGCGCUGGCGGCGCUACGUGACGAUUGCGAAAAAGGCAGCUGCGGCGCACCAGACGUCGCUGCGAUGGCGCUUCCAACGCUGGCACCAUUACCUGCGGUGGCGGCGCGACCAGCACAAGGCGGCGACGAUGCUGCAGGCGCUGUACCGUGGCCAUCGCGGGCGAAAAGCCGGUCAACUCGUGGCGCGCCGCGCGCAAAAGAAGCUCCAGCUCGCCACCCGCAGCGUCCAGCGACUCCAACAGCGGUUCUUGUGUGCGCUCUGGCAGCAGUGGCGCCAGUACGCAACGACGCAGGCCAUCGUCAAGGCGCGGUGUCGCGACGUUCUCCAGCGCUCGCUGUACAGUUCGUUCACUCAGUGGGCAAAGCUUCUAUCGAUGCGACGCGCGAGUGCUCUCGUGCUUCAGCGUCUGUGGCGGGGACACCGAGGCCGUGUGGCCGCCGCGCAUGCGCGGGCACUGCAGCACGCCGCUCUGCUCGUUCAAAAAACGUACCGGGGGCACUUGGGCCGGCGCGUGGCCGCGCUUCGCCGCCGCUUGCGCGCAACGCAGCACCACGGGGUGAACCAGCUCCUCCAGCGCCUCCUCCGGCAAAGCCUCUGGCGCGUCUUCCAGUCGUGGCAGUCGCGCUGGGCGUUCACGCAGCUCUGUCGCGAUCGGACGACGCGCCGGAUCCAACGGCGCCACGCCUGGUGCUUCCACCUCUGGCAGCGCUACCGCGUUUACCGCAUUUUGAAGCGCGCCGAGCGGUACCGGCGCCAGUUUGCCGCCGCGACCUGCAUCCAGCGCAGCGUGCGGGGGUUCCUCGCGCGCACGCGCUUCCACGCGCUUGUCCGCAACCACCGCGCGGCCAAGAUACUGCAGCGGACGGUCCGCGGAUACCUCUGUCGGGCGUUUUACCGUCAUACGCUCGCGCUCCACCGUUGCGCACUGCGUAUACAGUGCGGCUGGCGACGGCGCAAGGCGAUUCGGACGGUCGACCGCCGGCGGAAUGCGUUUGUGCUCGACGCCGCCGUGCGCGGGGACUACAGCGUCGUCCUGCGGGCGAUCAACGCUGGGCGCGGCGGCAUUUGCGACGACGACGGCAACUCGCUCUUGCAUCUUUCGUGUCUGGGCGGGGCGAAGCGACUCGUCAAGCUCUGCCUGCGCUACCAGAUGGACGUUGGCGGCGUCAACCACGCCGGCCGCACACCCUUGCACAUGCUCGUGGCCGCACCCCAUGCAUACCGCGCCGAGCUCAUCGACUACCUCAUCGACCACGGCGCAUGGCAGGAAGCGCGCGACAGCAACGGAGAGACGCCGCUGUUGCUGGCGACGUCGCUCAACCAUGUCGACUGCAUCGAGGUGCUGCUUCGCCGCGCGGCGGACGUCCACGUCGUCUCGAGCAUGACGCACGAGACGCCCAUCAUGACGGCUGUCGCGGCCAACUUUCUCGAGGCGGCUCACCUGCUCUUGGGCCUCGGCCGCUGCUCGCCGCACGCUACCGACCUCAACGACGGCGCCACACUGCUGCACGACGCGGCGGCAAGAGGGUUUGUGGAGAUGGUGCAACUCUUGCUCGCCCAUGGCGCGAACAUCGACGCGGUCGACGUGGACGGGAGUACACCAAUCAUGUAUGCCAUCUACAAUGACCAGCCGCAGAUGCUUCGCUUCCUCCUCGAAGCGGGCGCGGCACCGGACAUGACCAACGUCGCGGGCCUCGGGGCCAUUCAUAUUGCCAUCGACAAGCCGGCGCAUGCGAGCCUUCUCGCCGCCUUCAACGCCGACGUGAACGCGUGGACGCUCCAAGGAGAGACGCCACUGCACUUGUCGUGCCGCAGCGACAGCCUCCUCGAGAGCUCGCGCGUCUUGCUCUCGUUUGGCGCGGCGAUCGACGCCAAGAACCGCCGCGGCAACCUCCCUGCUCACAUUGCUGCCAAGCACGGUGCAGCCGAGACCAUGCGUUUGCUCAUCGAGUACAGUACCAACAUGAACAUGCGCAACUACGACAACAAGAACCCGCUCGGCGAGGCGCGCAUGCACCACCAGCUCGGCGUCAUUGACGUCAUCCAGUUCCACUUUGCCCAAGAGAUGAAGACGCUGGACGAGAUGCCGCCCGUGCUCGACGAAGACGGCGUCGCGUUGCCGCAGCGCUCGACGGACGAGUGGCGCGACGCCUACGCGAGCGCCGUCACCGUCUCGAUGCUCCAUUGCUGGUCGCAGUGCGUCGACGCCGUCACGGGGGCCAUCUUUUACCACGACGCCGAGACAGACGAGUGCACGUGGCGGGCGCCGGUCGAGUACCAAGCCGCGCUGGGGGCCCAUUGGCAUCCAAUGUCGCGCGACGACGGCAGCUACGUCUACUGCCAUGACGUCACCAAUGACGUUUCUACGACUGUCCCGCCGAUCGACCCCCUCCGGUUGCAGGCGCUCGUGCAAGGCAUCGACGAGUUCAAAAUGCUGCGCAGUCGCAUUCAUCGCGUGUCGUCCGAGACCGCAGCGGCGACAGCGCAAUACAAGUCGUUUUGGACCAACUUUGACGCGGAAACCAAAGCCGAGCGAGCGAGAUACCUCGCGGCCGUCGCGAUCCAGCGGACGUACAAAGGCCAUGUGUACCGGCGGCGCCUGCGGGCGCUCAAGGUCGAGCACAAGACGGCGCUGCAUUUACAGCGCGUCUACCGCGGUCGCAUCGCGCGCCGCCACGCCGCCCAGCAGCGCCACCGCGUGCGGUGCGCUCUCAAGCUCCAAGCCCUCGGCCGUGGGUUUCUCACGCGCCUUCACGAGCGGCAGUCGUGGCACGCGUGGCGCGUCCAGGUGCGGACGAAUCGCAUCGCGGCCAACACGAUCCAGCGCGUCUGGCGCGGCCUGCACGGUCGCCGCGACGCCAAACGGGCUCGGGUCAUUCAGCACGGGCCGCGGACGUUCUUCAAUUGGGAAGACGCGCGCAAGCACGCAUCUCUCGUGAGCAAUUUCUCCGUGUGGGACGAGCUCUUGCUGGCCGGGACGUCGCCGAUCGUCGGCGUCUUUUACUGCAACCAGAUCACGGGGCAGUGCGUCUGGGACAAGCCGCCGCUGUGGGUCGAGCGCGACUACCAAGCGUUUCUCGAUCGCCAGCAGCUCUACUACUACGGCUACACGGCGUGUAUGCUGGCGGCCGCGCUGCGUAUCCAGAGUCAGUUUCGCGCCCGGACCGCGCGCGUCAUGUUCCGGCGGCUCCUCGAAGGGGUGCGCCUCGCCCGCCACUGCGAGCGCGCCUACAUGGCCGAGCCUACGAAUCUCACGUGCCUCGGCAACUACGCGCUCUACUUGCACGCGCUGUUGCACGACUACGCCAAGGCCGGCGUCAUGUACGGUCACCUCGUGGACCUCAUGGCGGCGCGGGGCCCGGACAUUGCAUUUGUCUUGCGCUGCUACGCCAUCUUCCUCUUUGUCACAGGCCAAGACGAGCGCGACCCGAUUGCGCUGCUGUUUGAGCGCGCUGCUGUCAUCGACCCGCGCAAGCGCAAGUUUGAGUUGGCGUUUGGAGGCUUUUUCCGCUACGCGCUCGUCCUCUUCCCCGAGAGCGCGCAGAGCCACGUCAACUACGCCGCGUGUCUCGAUUGGGUCUACACGAACGUCACGGACGCGACGGCGCACUAUCUGCGGGCGCUUGAGCUCGACCCGCACAACGCGCGAACCGUCGACCUCUUUGACGACAUGCUGGACCGGCACGGCCUUCUCGAGGCGGGCAAUGCGAGCGAGCGCUUCAUGCAGCACCAAGCGAACGCCGUGGCGCGCGACGACGCCCGCGUGCGCAAAGCGUACGAAGACGAUGCCGAGGCGGCACGGCGCACGGCCGCCGCCAUUACGAUCCAAACGCGCUUCCGGACGCGGAAGACACAGGCCGACGUGCAGCAGAUGCAGCUCUCGCGCCGACUGCGCAAGCUCGCCAAGCCGCUGUCGCCGUUGCACGAGACGCUCCAGGCGGCGUUUCUCCUUGUCGCUGCGCGCAACAGCUCCAAAGCUACGAUCCGUCUCUCGCAACUCGGCGCACUGUACGAACGCCUCGGUCUCUCAAGCCGCGCCGCCGACGAGGACAGGACAUUUGCCUCGUACUUUCACGAGUUUGACUACCCCGACUCGAUCACGCUGACUCGGUUCCUCAAGUGGUGGGACGACGGUGCGUCCCGCGACGUCUGGGAAGCGUGCACCAGCGACGAAGGGUACCUCUACUACUACAACCGUGCGACGGGCGAGAGUGUCUGGGACGCGCCGCGCUUCCAGCGGCGCCUCGACGACGUGGCCGACCAACCGCUCCUCGGCGUGUGGGAAGAGUGCCGCACGGAGGAUGGAACACCGUAUUAUGUCAACGCCCGCACCGGCGCGUCGUCGUGGGAGAACCCGCUGAGCGCACCGCCGCCGUGGGAACCGGCCGUCGAUGACGGGGGGCGCGUGUACUACUACAACCGAGAGACGGGCGCGUCCGUGUGGACCAUCGCCGAGGCGUCGCACGUCGUCAGUGGCGACGACGCGUGGGAGCUCGUCCAGACCGACGACGGUCUAGUGUACUUUUACAAUCGGCUCUCGGGCGAGACGGUGUGGACGAAGCCGGACGAGACGGCGUGGGAGACGCUCCAAGACGACGACGGCAACGUCUACUACUACAACCGCACCACCGGCGUCUCGCAGUGGGACUCGCCAUACAGCCAACCGGUCCCAAACGAACUAGAAUAG